AUGAGUUCACCAACUAGUCUAGAAGAUUAUGAUCAAAUUCGUCAUACGGAACUACUGCCAAGAUCAACAAUAGUUAAAAAUCAUUCACCUGAUUCAGAUGAAGAUAUGAAUAAUCAAUUAAAUAUCAAUUUAAUCAACAACAAUAAUAAUAAUAAUAAUAAUUAUACUAAUAAUAAUACAUCAUACAAAGAACCCAAUGGCAUUAAUCGUCAAAACCAUCCAAGCAAAGACAUAAAUGAUUCACAACUACAUCAAGGUGAUAAUAUAGAUGUUGAUUUUAUGAUGGAUAAUGAAUAUAAUGAUUAUGAAGAAUUAAGGAAAGCAAUUGUAAUAAAAAGAAGAUUAUCAAGUAUAAAACGCCCUCAUGCACCAUAUAUUAAUGAAGAGUUAACUAUCAAUAAAAGGUCAUUGAUAAGAUUACCUACUGAAGUUUUACUACAGAUAUUUCAUUAUUUAGAAAGAAAAGAUUGGUAUUCAUUAGCAACUACCUGUACAGAAAUUGCAGAUUUAAUAAUCGAAAUGUUAUGGUUUAGACCAAAUAUGCAAAACGAUUCAGCUUUCAAAAAAAUAAGACUGGUGAUGGAACUAAAUAAAUUUAAAACUCAUUGGGAUUAUCGUCAAUUUAUAAAAAGGUUAAACUUAUCAUUUAUGACUAAAUUAGUUGAUGAUAAUUUAUUAAAUUUAUUUUCUGGUUGUCCAAGAUUAGAAAGAUUAACAUUAGUAAAUUGUGCAAAAUUAACAAGAUCACCAAUAACAAAUGUUUUACAAGGAUGCGAAAGAUUACAAUCGAUUGAUUUGACUGGUGUAACUGAUAUUCAUGAUGAUAUUAUAAAUGCUUUAGCUGAAAAUUGUCCUAAAUUACAAGGAUUAUAUGCACCUGGAUGUGGAAAUGUUCAGGAAGUUACUAUUAAAAAAUUAUUGAAAAGUUGUCCUAUGUUGAAAAGGUUAAAAUUUAAUUCAAGUACUAACAUUACCGAUGAAUCAAUCUUGGUCAUGUAUGAAAAUUGUAAAUCGUUAGUUGAAAUUGAUUUAAAUGGAUGUGAAAAUGUUUCUGAUUUAUAUUUAAAGAAAAUAUUUUUGGAAUUAUCACAAUUAAGGGAAUUUAGAAUUAGUAAUGCUCCUGGUAUAACUGAUAAAUUACUUGAAUUAAUUCCAGAUGGUUUCAUUCUAGAGAAGUUAAGAAUUAUUGAUAUAACUGGGUGUAAUGCUAUUAGUGAUAAAUUAGUUGAAAAAUUAGUAUCAUGUGCACCAAGAUUAAGAAAUGUUGUUUUAAGUAAAUGUAUGCAAGUCACGGACGCAAGUUUAAGAGCUUUAAGUCAAUUAGGUAGAAGCUUACAUUAUAUUCAUUUAGGUCAUUGUAGUUUAAUUACUGAUUAUGGUGUUGCUGCAUUGGUUAGGUAUUGUCAUCGUAUACAAUACAUUGAUUUAGCAUGUUGUUCUCAAUUAACUGAUUGGACUUUAGUUGAAUUAGCAAAUUUACCAAAAUUAAGAAGAAUUGGUUUAGUUAAAUGUUCAAUGAUUACUGAUUCGGGUAUUUUAGAGUUGGUCAGACGUAGAGGAGAGCAAGAUUGUUUGGAAAGAGUUCAUUUGUCUUAUUGCACAAAUUUAAAUAUUGGACCAAUAUAUUUAUUAUUGAAGAGUUGUCCUAAAUUAACUCAUUUGUCUUUAACUGGAAUUAAUGCAUUCUUAAGAAGAGAAAUUACUCAGUAUUGUCGUGAUCCACCUCCAGAUUUUAAUGAACAUCAAAAAUCAUUAUUUUGUGUAUUUAGUGGUCAUGGAGUUAAUCAACUUAGAAAUUAUUUAAAUCAAGUAAUGGAAGAACGAACCUAUCAAAUUGAUCAAGGAGAUGUUCAUAUUCUAUUCAAUGAAAGAAGACGUCGAUUUCUAAAUGGCGAAACAGAUUUAGCUGAUAAUGAUAAUAAUGAUAAUGCCCAACUAAAUGUUAAUCCUUGGAACGUAAGAAUGGCUUUACCAAAUAAUAAUAACGAUAACGAUGUCAAUAAUAAUAAUAACAACCACAUUAAUAACGUCAACAACAACAACAACAACAAUAAUAAUAAUAAUAAUAAUAAUAAUAACACUUUUAAUAAUAAUAAUAAUAAUACGCAAAUUCAGUUAAACCAAGUACCUGUUGACAUAGACCGUGAAAUAUUUAGAGAAUUGAACGAAGGCAAUAUGGGUCCUGAGGAAAUGAGAGAACAUUUUCAAAGAUUAAUUCGAAAUCAUCAUCAACAUAGAAUUCAAGAGCAGCAUCAAAGACUAAAUAGGGCUGAUCAACAAGCAAAUGAACAUAAUCAAGUACAACAAGAUCAAGAUCAACAAACAAGACCGCAACAAACUAAUCAUCAGAAUCAACAACCAUCACAUAUAGUAUUAGCACAAAUGCAAGCAAGAUUGCUUGAAAAUUUAGCAAGGAAUAAUAAUAUUGCAACACCAGCUCAAACAACUCAGCAAAACGCACCUCAUAUUGAACAACAACCGGUGUUUCAGAAUCAACAAUUUGUAUCAAAUCAACAAAGAAUGGAACAGGUACAACAACCUCAACGGGAACAACAGCAGCCACUAAAUCAAGAAUAUCACAAUCUCCAUCAUCAACAACAACAACAACAACAUGAGUAUCAUUUCGUGAAUGAUAAUACAGAAAAUCUCAUUAACGUGGAAGAUGGGGAUGGUGAUGUGGUAAUGGCUCCAGUGGAUUUGUUCCCGCCAAUUGCUCGUGGUAAUGACACAGUUUGA